UUUUUCUCUUUCUUCCUUUCUUUAAUUGACCGGAGUGGCUGUGUUGUGGAAUAGAACUCAAUGGAACUGUGUUGUGGAAUAGAACUCAAUGGAACUGUACGAAGUGUGUGGAGUUUCUCCUUCCCUUGUCUGCCUGACAGAUUUUGAUCCUCCAAAGAGGCUCUGGAUUGUGUGGGAACUAAUACAUAUUAGGUGCACCUUCAAGGCAUCGGACGUGACUUUAAAGUGGAGUCUCUAUCUCACUCACAUUGGGCAUAAGAUUGGUGAUGCUGGGUGUGAGGAGAAAGUCAUCUCAAGUUGGAAUCACGUCGAACAUGGUCUGAAUGACGCAAGGCGUAAGGAGAGAGACUCAUUUCUACCUAGGUUCACAUUAGGCACUAAUGGAUGUGGCACCGGCUGUAAGUCAGGUAAAGGCUCUCUACUUGAUUAAGACCGAGCAUUGGUUUUGCCACACCAAACAUGAGAGAGUGGAGUACUCUUUGCAUCAAUCACGUCGGGUGUGAGUGGUGCAAUAUUGGGCAUGGAUGAGACGUGGUUGUGAAGUUGUAGAUAUAUGGUUGAGAUACAUCUUUUGAUUAAGAUACAUAGAUGCUAGAGGUGAAUUAUGUUAUUUUAAAGUUGAUCUUCCCUCUAGGGUCUAUGUGGACUGAUAAGGAGGUAAUCGAACAAUAUCCUAGUUAAAUGACUAAUCACCUCUAUUG